AUGGAACCGCUUUCAGAAGACGUUGUCUAUGAUGGAUCCGAUCCUCAGAUUCAGCAAGAAGAUGAUCUGGGGCUGAUCAGCAUGCCUUCAGCAGAGAAUGUUGAUCUGGGAAGGGCGGUUUUCAUCCCGGAUGAGAGCGAUGGCUAUGUCAGAGGAAGGGUGGUCGAUAUUCUUUCAGAUUCCUUGGUGGUAAAAUGCAAUCCUCCGAAAGAUUGCACGGUCUCCGUCCCGUAUUCACAGGUUCUUCCAUGUGAUGAGGAGUCGGGCAAGGACGUCGAUGACAAUUGUGAGUUCAUUCGACUUCAUCUAAACGACCACAAUUACAGGCGCAUUGAUGUAUCUGAACGAAGGAACUCUUUUGGAAAACUGCAAGACACGAUACAGCCGGAAACAGAUCUAUGUAAGAGGACCGUCCCGAUCUUUACUAUAUUUGCAGACCUAUGUUGCCAACAUUCUCAUCUCCAUCAACCCAUAUGAGUGCCUACCGGAUUUAUACUCCACCAAUGCUAUCGCCGCAUAUCGAGGAAAGUCAUUGGGCACAUUACCCCCUCAUGUGUUUGCCAUUGGUAAGACUAAUGGUCGGCUUCAAAGAUAUUUGUAGCCGACAAAGCAUAUCGAGACAUGAAGAGGCACAAGGAAAGUCAGUCAAUCAUCGUUUCUGGAGAAUCUGGCGCAGGAAAAACGGAGACCCAGAAGUCCAUCUUGAAGUAUUUGUGUGAGAAUUGGUGUUCCGAAGGGUCGAGAUCGCUUGAAGAACAUGUUUUGGAGAGUAGGGAUCGUAAAAGUAUGCGUGAUUCCAUGAUUCUUUUAGCCAACCCAAUCUUGGAAGCCUUCGGGAAUGCAAAAACCCUCAGGAAUAACAAUUCUAGUCGCUUUGGAAAGUUUAUCGAAAUCCAUUUCCAAGAAAAUGUAAAAUUAUUUAUCCUUUUGCAAUUUUCUUGAAGGGUACCGUAGCUGGUGGUCAUGUAUCACACUAUUUGUUGGAGAAGUCAAGAGUUUGUAUCCAGCAAUCUGGGGAGCGCAACUAUCACAUCUUUUAUCAAAUGUUUGCGGGAACCGAUGAUAAAUUCAAAGAAAGCUUAGGCCUUUCGAAUCCCGAAUCCUUCGAAGUAAGAAUUCUGAGGCGAAGAAUGCCUAAUGAAAGCUUUAUUUUAGUUCCUAAGACACGGAUGUACCAAAUUCUUCACAGAUAUGGCGAACCCACACUCUGAAAACAAUGACGUAACUGGAAGACUAAAAUUUGAAUUGUCGGUUUAUUUUUUUCAGAAUGUUAUCUUGGAUGAGGUUGUCAAUGACUCUACGGACUUUCAACGUUUGGUAAAGUCAUUGAAGAACAUUGGAUUUGGUGAGAAAGCCCUCGAGGAUUUGUUCAAGCUCUUGGCUGGGAUCCUUCAUUUGGGAAAUGUGAAGUUUGAGGAUUCGGAUGACGUCAGAGGAGGAUGUAAGAUUACAUCAGACUCCGAUUCAUCCGUCGAAUGGUCCGCCAAACUUUUGGGAAUUGGAAGGAAUGAACUGGUUGCUGGCUUAACAUCCAGAAUUAUGCAACCGACCAGAGGUGGAGUCAAGGGAACCGUCAUCCAAGUAAGGCUCAAACAAAAGGAGGCUGAAGCCACACGGGAUACGCUGGCCAAGACGAUCUACGGGAAACUAUUCGAUGAGGUUGUGGCCAAAAUAAAUGCCUGCUUCCCUUUCGAGAGCUCCAAACAUUAUAUAGGCGUGCUGGACAUCGCUGGUUUCGGUAAUUAAUAUACAACGGAUCUCUAGUUUAGCUAUGCCAUUUUAGAGUUCUUCAAGACGAAUUCCUUUGAGCAGUUCUGCAUCAACUACUGUAACGAGAAACUUCAAGAAUUCUUUAAUGACAGGAUUCUGAAACAAGAGCAGGAGUUGUAUAAAGCAGAGAGUCUAGAUGUCCCCCAGAUUGAGUACAACGACAAUCAAGAUUGCAUUCAAUUAUUCGAAAAGAAGGGUGGACUUCUGGAUCUGCUGGAUGAAGAAGCCCGCCUUCCAAAGCCUUCUUUCCAACAUUUCACAACCGCGGUCCACCAAUCGCACGCUGGUCAUUUUCGUCUCUCCGUAAGUGAUUAAAGAUUCUUUUGCAUGCUCAUUCCCAGACAAACCGCAGCUCCAAGGUCAAGGAGUAUCGGUCUAUGAGAGAGGAUGAAUGCUUCAUUAUCAGACACUUUGCUGGCUCUGUUUGUUAUCAGACUUCUCAGUUCCUGGAGAAGAACAACAACACUCUGCACGCUUCUUUAGAAGGAAUGGUGUCUUGUUCCAACAAUGUCAUCUUGAUCAAGUUGUUCGAUGCCGUGGAAUUUCAUCAGCCUCGCAACAAGUUGAUUUCGUCAUCGGCAAGUGCCCUGUUCCGCCAACAACUUGGUAAAUUGUUGGAAAAGUUGAGGCAAACUGUAAGUUGAACUUUCUCUUCACUAAUCAAAACUGCAGGGUACUCAUUUCGUCCGAUGUAUCAAACCGAAUGGAGAAAUGAUGCCAGGAAAGUUCGAAGGAAGCCAGAUUUUGGGACAACUUAGGUAUUCAGGAAUGGAGAGCGUAUUGAGACUCAUGCAGAAAGGAUUUCCGUCAAGGUAAGUGGCUAAACCAAUAACAUAAACGAUUAGAACAAUGUUUUCCGAGCUGUACGACAUGUACUCUUCCCUCCUGCCGGAAAAGUUGGCUCGCCUUGAUCACCGCUUGUUCUGCAAAUGCCUCUUUCAUGUCCUCGGACUGAACGAGUCGGAUUUUAAGUUUGGGAUGACCAAAGUUUUCUUCAAACCUGGUAAAUUUGCAGAAUUUGAUCAGGUAUGAAGACAAGGUAAAAUAUAUUAGCUUUAGCUGUUGCGUCACGAUCCUCAAGCAAUGCAGGAGAUGAUUGGAAAAGUGCAGUCUUGGUUGUUCAGACUCAGAUGGCGCAAAGUUCAAUAUGGUGUCCUCUCUUGCGUAAAACGUAAGUAACUCGCCCCUAACAUCAACUGUCAGUGCAAAAGAAGAUCAUCUAUCGUGCGGAAAAUGCCCUUCUGAUCCAGCGCUGCGUUAGAGGAUUCUUGAUAAGAAGAAAGGUCUGUCCUAGGAUGAGACUUGGCUCAACGCUGGUCAACAACAUGAAGGAUCUCGACGACAUGAUCAACACUUUGAUCGCAGAAGACCACUCCAACGCCGAUCUAAUUCAGGAGGCGACAGAUCACAAAACGAGUGUGAAAAACGGGUUGAAAGCUCUUAUGGUAAGCACUGAAUCGAAGGGAGACUGAAUAUGAACUGACUGAAUAUGAAGGACCGAAUAUGAAGGACUGAAUAUGAACUGACUGAAUAUGAACUGGGGUGCUGACUGAAUAUGAAGGACCGAAUAUGAACUGACUGAAUAUGAAAACCGGGUUUCUGUUACUGUUACUACCUAGGUUCCGAUUAAGGACUCUUUUUAAAAUUUUUUCGACUUAUGACACCUUUAGACGUUAAUGGUGUUGUUUUGGUGCCUAGUACUGCUUAAAAAAAACUUUUUAACACUUGGUGCUAAAUAGUACUACCUGGUACUAUUUAGUACGAGGUGAAAAUUUGGCUGGUAAUGGUGUUGGUUUGGUGCUUAGUACAGCCCAAAAACACAUUUUUAGCACUUGGUACUAUAUAGUCCCAAUUGGUACUAUUUAGUACGAGGUGAAAAUUUGGGCGUAAGGCGGUAAUGGUGUUGGUUUGGUGCUUAGUACAGCCCAAAAACACAUUUAUAGCACUUGGUACUAUAUAGUCCUUGAAAUAGACCAAAUUUGCCAAAUUUCAUAUUCAGUCAGCUCCACAGUUCAUAUUCAAUCAGUUCAUAUUCAGUCAGUUCAUAUUCAGUCCUUUUCAUAUUCAGUCCUUCAUAUUUAGUCCUUCAUAUUCAGUCAGGCACCCCACUGAAUAUGUUAAUCACACAAAUUUAAAGGAGAAUGUCCAAGUAUUUGUCAAUGACGGCGACCGAUCACUAGUAGCUGGCAUGGACAAGAGAACGUCUGACCUUAUAACCGGAAUCAAAACGAAAUUGAUCGAGAAAGAAGAAGCAAGGAAAGAGAUGAUUGAACUCGAAGAGAAGAGAAAUAAAAUAUUGGAGAAGGCAAGACUUGAAGAAGAAAGAGAGCAGAAGAGAAUCCAAGCCCUCAAACGGAUUCAACAACAAUUGAAAGCUGAAGCCUUACUGAGAAAAGAACGAGAAGAACAGGAGAAGUUCGAGCAAUUAAAACGGUGAGUCCUAUUAUCAUUCUAGCUUCUGUUGGGUCUUAUUACCGUUAACCAUUAAUCGGAUUCAGAGAAGAGAAGGAAAGACAGGAUCAAUUAGAUUCGGAAUUGGCCAAACGAUUAGCACAAGAGAAGAGUGUCCAAUUGAAUGAAGACCCUCGGCCGAGCACAUCAAGCAGACACGAAGACCCGAACGACCUCACCCAGUGGACCUAUGCUACAUUGCGGGACACGAUCAACACUACUACGGACAUCGAGCUCAUCUCUGCAUGCCGCAACGAGUUCCACAGAAGACUUCGGGUCUACCAAAAUUGGAAGAAAGCCAAUGCCCGCAGAAACCCCUGA